GGCCACCACGUUGGCUACUAACGGCAAGAUGAUGGACCGAGACGAAGCACGCCUCAUUGAAGAGACGAACGCGCUCUUGCGGCUCACAGGCUUUGGCGACCGGACCUUCAAGACCGUGCCUGAGCUCGUGGCCAGCGUCUCCUCAAUGAGCGUCGCGCUGUACGAGCGCCUCUUUGAGCUGCGUCUUGAGAACGUCGUUCGUGAGCCCAAGACAAUCGCCGACUACAGCGAGAACGCUCAACGCGUUGUUGAUGCGCUCGCCGCCGCCAUGCUCUCGGACGACCUCGCCAACGUGACCGGCGUUAAAGUGUGUACUGGCGACUUGGCCGCGAUCCGGGACCUUGUCCGCGUCCUCACCCACGUGUAUCAAAUGCUGCGCCGCUCCCAGCGCAACGACGACGCGUCCAGCGAGAGCGACCGCAGUCUCCACGAGACCUACUACAUCAAGCGAUCCAAGAAACCGACAGCGAGCAAGCGCGCCAAGCGACCGCCGGACGACGAGACGGGGCUCUUGACCACGCAAGCGUACGGCCGGUACGUGCCCAUGCCCAGCGCGUCGUCGUCGACACGCAGCAGUCGACGCGCGUCCGUAGCAUCUGCGUCCAGUGCAUCAUCGUCAGCGUCAUCGCGCAACCCAAAGCCGAGUCAGACGCGGCGCGGCUCACCGCCCAGCGCAGCCUUUGGCAGCGUCUCUUCCGUCUCGUUCACGGGCAGCGAAAAGGGCGAGCUCGACGAUACGUCCAUCUUUAGCUUUCAUCCAGACGACGAAGACGAGGAGGAGCAUGCGAAUGCGACAGAAGGACCCGGCGACGAGAACGAGCACGUCGAACCGGACGAGAGUGACACGCCGUUGCCUCUGCCUUUACCCGUGCACGCAGCCGAACAUCUGCGAAAAGCGAGUCCUCCACCGGCGCCGGUCGCCACAGCCAUGAACCGAAGCGGCGAUCGAUCCAGCCUCCCUGCCAAGCUCCGGCUCGAGGACAUGCUGUCGUACGGCGGGGUCUCCAUGGCGUCGUCUUUGCGGACAUCGGCGUCUGCGUUGCCUCCAAAACGACUGCAGCCGCAACCCCUCCUUGGCGCGACCGAGCGACUGCACCAAGCGCGGUACAAGGCUGUUCUCAGCGACCACGUGCACAGCCUGCGCCACCGGGAAAAGCAAGAGCACGACCGGCUCGGGCGUGCGCUGCAGCAGCAACAGCAUACGCAGCAAGUCGAACGCAUUCGCGCCAUCAAGAUCCACCACGAGCUUCGGCGCCAGCGCAUUUCGCUCGGGUUGGACCAAAAGCGUGUCGAAGAGAAGCACCUGAAGCAGACCAUGGACUCGCUCCUCGAGAUGGAGCGCGAGCGCGUGCGUCAAGAGCACGAGGCGACGGCCGCCGCCCUCCAUACGAUUCAACAAGACCACAAGAAGAAGGAGGCCGCGCUCGAGACCUUCUAUGCCCAUCAAAUGGAGUUGGCCAAGGAGCAGCGCGAGCGGGAGGUCCACGACCGGUCUCUCCUCGAACAUGCCCACCGACUCGCCUCGGAGAAGCUCUUGCGGGAGACGCGGCUCCAGCGGGAGAAGGAGCUCCAGGAGAUUAUGGCCCAGCGCCAGCACUUGGCCCAAGUGCAGCAGUUUCGCCAAGAGCGUCGCCUUGACGCGUACAUGGUCGCCUCCAAGAAGGCGACGCCCGUCCUGCACCUCGAUGUCCAGAAGAAGGUCAAGGACCCCUUCCACGCGGCCGCAAUGCAGGCCAAGACAGCGAGAACGACAACGUACAGUCGCAGCAACGUCGUUCGGCGCAUCUAUGGCAGUGCGAAAUAG